AUGCGCUCCGAUGGCAGAGACAGCUCUACAGCUGCCAGCAACUCCUCCGAUCAGUCGCCGGGCUUUCAUUCUGAGAAUGUAGCCCCGUCCGCUUCCCACGUGCCCGCCGCCGAGCCGUCACCGAGCGCCGAUUUCAUCACUCGCCUCGAGAUUCUCUCCACCAAAGUUCCCAACAUUUGGAUCGCUCCUUUUUGCGGAGCUAUCGCAGGUGUCGCUUCCGGAAUCGUAACCUGUCCCCUCGAUGUCAUCAAAACCAAGCUGCAAGCCCAAGGCGGGUUUGCCCGACGCGCUGCGCAGUCGGGUGAGACGAAGGCUUUAUACCGUGGCAUGAUAGGAACUGGAAAGAUAAUCUUCCGGGAAGAUGGUCUGCGUGGAUUGUACCAAGGACUUGGUCCGAUGCUUAUGGGAUAUCUUCCUACCUGGGCUGUUUAUUUGGCGGUGUACGACAAGUCUCGAGAGUACUUCUACGAAGAAACAGGCAGCUGGUGGUUAUCACGAGGAUAUGCUUCUGUUACUGCCGGAGCUUGCUCGACGAUCGUGACUAAUCCCAUCUGGGUGAUCAAGACACGGCUCAUGUCACAAAGCUUGAAACAGAAUAAUGAAGGAUGGAGAGCUCCAUGGCAAUACUCAGGCACAAUAGAUGCUGCCCGCAAGAUGUACCGAAUCGAGGGUUUCCGCUCGUUUUACUCCGGCCUCACACCUGCUCUUCUGGGGCUGAGUCAUGUUGCCAUCCAAUUUCCGCUCUACGAAUAUCUGAAGAUGGCUUUCACCGGAUACAGUAUCGGGGAGCAUCCAAACAACGGCAAUUCCCACUGGAUUGGGAUUUCUUGCGCCACGUUCCUUAGCAAGGUCUGUGCUAGCACCAUCACCUACCCCCAUGAGGUUCUUCGCACACGACUGCAAACCCAGCAGCGUACUGCACCCGCAUCUUCGCCAGAGGAAAUCGCAUUCCGUGGCGGCUUGCAUCACCCGCAUGACCGUGGUCUGCCCCGGGUUUUCUCGUCAUCAGACGGGAUGCCCAUUCGCCCUCGAUACACAGGAAUGUUACGCACGUGCCAAACGAUCCUCAAAGAAGAGGGCUGGACUGCUUUCUAUUCUGGGAUCGGCACCAACCUGUUCCGGGCCGUCCCGGCUGCUAUGACGACCAUGCUCACUUACGAGUAUCUGCGGAAGCUUAUCCACAACUUCCAGCAUCAAGGCGACCUGAAGCUUAACAUGGCAGAAAAUGGCGCCGACGCAGAAAGCGUGAUUUGA